UCACGUUCUCAUUCUCAUGAUUUACAUUGUCAAAUAAUGAAAAUAUGUUAUAACGAUAUAUGUUGUGAAUUUUGCAUUUCGUCGUCAUAAUAAGGUAGGAAGCAACAUGUGAAAAGUCGACUUCAAAACCCACAAGGCAAUGCUCUAUGGACAGGCUCGCUGGUAGCUAGUUAGUUAGUUAGUUAGAAAACGUACCUGCCUACACACACUGAUGCCAAAGUCAAAAUCAGCAUGUUAAGUAGUUAGCUAGUUGUAGUUAGAAUCCCAUGUUGAUCGCGUUUCUAGCCAACGUCUUUGAGUCAAUGUGGUUGCUAAGGCAACGUGCAAGGAGGCUGCGAGUCUUUUAGCAGGGAGAAGAGAGGACUGAACCGCAUUGUGGCACGAUAGUUCAAGGAAGAAAGGCCAUUCAUCUGACGGCGCACUGACUGGCCUAAGGACUGUGGCACGGCCCACUAUAAACCUAACAUGGCUGAACGGAUCGUCUCUGGAAACGAGGCCAGACCUCACUCCUGGCCAUGGCAGGUCUCCCUACAGGUUCGUCCCAGAGGCAGUAAGCACUACAUCCAUGUCUGUGGAGGAACUCUCAUCCACAAGAACUGGGUCCUCACUGCUGCUCACUGCUUCCAGAAGGGUAAAGCCGAGGAUGCUGGGAGUUGGAGGAUUGUCCUGGGGAAGCACCAGCUGAAACGUUCCGAAACACCCGAGAAGGCUAUCCCGGUGAAGAGGAUAUAUCGUCACGAGCACUUCCGUUACCCCAUGCACAGCGAGUUGGAUUACGAUAUUGCCCUGGUCAAGGCUGCCACCGACAUCGUGCCCACCAACCACAUACGCUAUGCAUGCCUGCCGCGCAAACAGAUCAGCCUGAAGCCAGGACAAUACUGCUGGGUGACCGGCUGGGGAGACACUCGGGGUGGGAAGGAGAACGUGUCUCUGGCUGAGGCUCUGAACCAGGCCCGUCUGCCCAUCAUCGACAUCAAGACCUGCCGUCAGAAGAAGUUCUGGGGAGACCGCGUCAGGGACUCCAUGAUCUGUGCCGGCUUCAGAGACACAGAAGGACCACCUGCUGCCUGCCAGGGUGACUCGGGCGGUCCUCUGCUGUGCCAGCUGGGGCGCGACAGGUGGGAGGUGCACGGUGUGGUGAGCUUUGGCCCCAUUGGCUGCACCGUGGAGAACAAGCCCAGCGUGUUCACCCGCACCGCCAAUUACAUCCCUUGGAUCGAGGCUACGCGCAUCAGAGACAUCUUCAUGCACUAGACUAGACCACACACAACCUGACAACCCCUCCACGCCCCCAAAACUAUAGCAUUUAUUUUUUUGUGCGAGAUACCAUAUUGCCUCAGGCCACACCCCCCUCUCCUCUGUGUCCAUAACCUGUGAGUCACUACAGUGACAUCAGACAAAAUUUGAAUAUAGACAUUUUACAAUCAACAUUGUACUGAUCAUCAGCAUUUCAUUAAAUCAAGCCACCUGUCACGA